GCGCCGGCGCGAAUCUCCUUUGACGCUUGGUGGCGCUAUCACACAUUCCACAGGAAAUUUUCUGUCAAGCUGAUCGCGAAAAGCGUCCGUAACAACCGAGUAAAAGGGAGGUGGUUGUUUUGCUUUUUCAAAGCAAACUAAACUCCUUGGCAUGCUUGGGAAGUAGACUGUGGUUUCUUAUGCUGUAGUCUGCUGGAUAACGUGCUGCCAAGAUGAUGGAAUUAAAUCUACACCGGGCUGACUAUAUCCAGGUUGGGGUCACCUCCCCUCGCAGCAUGCGGCUGCUGCCGGAGAAGAAAGCCAAGGCAGCCCAGCGUGUAGCCGUAGCCGAUCAGACCGGUGUCCUGCAGUGCUUCAACAUGAAGAAACGGGAACCAGUGAGUGCGUUCAAGACUCUCCCUGGCCCUAAGAUCAACCGGUUGGAGCUGGGCGGGGCCCUGGGCAUGAUCCCGGACAAGAUCUUCAUCACCUCCGGGUCAGAGGUCAAAGGCUUCACCAAGAAGGGCAAACAGUUCUUGGGCUUCGACACCAACCUGACCGAGAGCAUCAAGACAAUGUGGGUCAGCGGCAGCCAUCUCUUCCUUGGAGGCAACUACAUCUUCAACCAUUAUGUGGACUGCAAGGACGAGAACUACUACCUCUGCAGCGACCGCAUCAACGACAUCGUCUGCCUGCCGCUGGGCAGGGUCAAAGAGGUCACGCCCGUCCUGGCCUGCCAGGACCGGGUCCUGAGGGUGCUGGAUGCAUCCAACCUACUGUAUGAAGUGGAGGUGGCUGGCCCCCCGCAGACACUGUGCCUGUUUGCUGAUGAAGGGGGUGAGGAUGGUGAGGAAGUUCUGUAUGGCACAUCAGAUGGCAAGAUAGGAUUGGUUCAACUUGGCAGAUCUGCCCCAAAUCACAAGUGGGAGAUUCCAAAUGAGAAGCGCAGUGGGGGCGUCCUGUGCCUGGACAACUAUGACAUCACGGCGGACGGAAUUGCCGAUUUGUUGGUGGGGAGGGACGAUGGUCUGGUUGAGGUGUACGGCUAUGACGAAUCCGAUGAACCUGUCCUGAGAUUCAGUCAGACGCUAAGUGAAAGCAUCAGUUCCAUCCAGGGAGGUACGGUGGCCACCCCAGGCUAUGAUGAGGUGGUGGCUUGCACAUAUGCAGGUUGGAUCCAGGGUCUAAGCACAGAACCGCCCCUUAAAGAGGCGGGGCCUGGAGACAAGGUCAAGGUCAGCCAGGAUACGCAGAAUAAGAUCUCCAGCCUCAAAGCUGAGCUGGAGGGUCUCCAACGCCGUGUGAUCCAGGAGCGAGAGAAGUACCACUACUCUGCCAUGAACACCAAAGCCAUCUCGGCCGUGCCGUACUUCAACAUCAACGACCGCUUCUCGCUGAACCGUGACGAUGCCAGCUACACGCUCAGUAUUGAGGUGCAGGUGGCCAUAGACAACGUGCUGCUGCAGAGCGACGUGCCCAUUGACCUGCUGGACGUGGAUAAGAACUCGGCUGUGGUUAGCUACAGCGCAUGCGAUACUGAGAAUGGCAACUUUCUGUUGGCCACGUAUCGCUGCCAAGCCAACACCACCCGCCUGGAGCUUAAGGUGCGGUCCAUCGAGGGCCAGUACGGGACCCUUCAGGCCUACAUCACCCCACGACUGCAGCCCAAGACCUGCCAAGUCAGACAGUACAAGAUCAAACCGCUGUCCUUACACCAGAGAACACAUGUGCUGGAUGACACAAGGCCCAUGAACACCCUGAAGUUGAGCGGUCAGUUCAGUCUGGCCGAGAUCCACUCCUGGGUCUGUUUUUGCCUACCAGAGAUCCCCGAACGCACCCCGCCGGGGGAUUCCAUCAACUUUCACUUCCUGUCCACGUUUCUGGACACUCAGCUGGACUGCCUGUACAGGAAAGGGGAGGGCAUCUUCCGCUCGGACAACAUCUCCACCGUCUCCAUCCUGAAAGACGUCUUGACCAAAGAGGCAACCAAACGCAAGAUCAAUCUGAACAUCAGCUAUGAGCUCCAGGAUGAUUCUAUCCCUGAUACGCUGAGGCGGCUACACCCCAAGCUAGAGUAUCAGCUCUUGCUUGCUAAGAAGGUCCAACUCAUAGAUGCACUGAAGGAGUUACAGAUCCACGAGGGUGAUCUAGAGUUCAUGUCCCCCGAGUAUCGGCAGAUACUGAGCGAUGCGGGCACACUACAGGCUGAGUACAAGAAACAACCGUGCCACCUAGAAAGAUUGUAUGGAAUGAUCACAGAUCUUUUCAUUGACAAGUUCAAGUUCAAGGGAUCCAACGUCAAGACCAAAGUGCCUCAGCUCCUAGAGGUCCUGGAUAACUACGAGCUGCAGAACCUCAUCGACUUCUUCAACUCGGCUGGAUCUUAGAAACAAAACAAGUCUGGAAUCUGUCUGCCUCUCUCAAAAACAAACCUACAGUUAGUUUUGCUGGACCUGAAGGACCAGUCUUACUCCCCUCUGGCUGCCUGAGUCACUGACUGACUAACUGACUGAUUUUCUCUCGUAAAUAAUGUCCUACACUGACACUUUCAGGUCCAGCUCGACUGGGCAAACCCAGUUUUGCUAUUCUCAUUUUGAGACCAGGACUGUAACUGUUUAACAUCCGAGCUCGUCUUAAAGGGAAUAUAGUAGUAAAGUCUGUUAUGAGCCAAUGUGGCCCAUCAGGCUGGCCCAACCGUUUAUCUCCAGUUUCAGUAGCAUGAA